AUGGUUGUGAAUGCAUCAGACUGGUUGGUGCCCACUGUGGGUCCAGACCUGGACCUGUGCAGUAACUACACUGCAGCCUGGCUGUGGCUGUCCUCCCUGCAGCCACUCUACCUGGGUUUGAUCAGCGUUAUUGGUGUGGUGGGGAAUGGCCUGGUUCUCGGUGUGUUUUGUCUGCAGAAGAAGCCCUGCACUGUGGCCGACAUCUACCUGGGGAACCUGGCAGCUGCUGACCUGGUCAUGAUGUCCUGCCUACCGUUCUGGGCUGUCACUAUCUCCCAGGGGUUCCAGUGGGACUUUGGAGAGGUUCUCUGUAAGCUCAUCAAUGUGGCCAUCUCUAUGAACUACAUCUGCAGUAUUCUGUUCCUCACGCUGGUCAGUGUGGACCGCUACCUGGCUUUGGUAAAGCCCAUGACCCCCAGUCGUCUGAGGAGAGCCUCCUGGGCCAAGCGUAUCUGCUUGGGGAUAUGGAUCCUGGGCUUGCUCUUCAGUCUGCCCGUCCUGAUCUUCCGCACAGUGAUGCACGUAGAGGAUCCUGGUGUUGAUGCCUGCAUUCUGGACUACCCACACCCAGCGUGGAGGUUGCACCACAACAUCACCAGCAAUGUUCUCGGAUUUAUAGUACCUGUGAUGGCAGUGACUUACUGCACUCAUCACAUCAUGGCCACUCUGAAUAACCCGGGAGCUAAAGGGUUACGUGGGUCAAGGGCAGAGAGAAAGGCCACAUACUUGGUCCUGGCUGUUCUGGGAGUCUUUCUCUUCUGUUGGACACCACACCAAGUAAUGCGGUUUCUUGACACUGUGGAUUACUUCCAGUUGGUGCCUGGGUGCCUCUGGGGUCACGUCCUAGACAUCGGCAUUCAGUUGUCCACAUAUCUGGCGUACAGCAACAGUGCAGUGAACCCCUUCCUUUUCGUCAUUGUGGGGAAGCAUUUCAGGAGGAAGGCAAAGGAUGUGUUCGGACAAAUGCUGAACCCUUGGUCCAAAGACUUGAGUAUGAGCACCAUCUCAAUGAUCACGUUCAAUGAAACGCAGCGGAAGUAUUGA